AUCAAAUCCUUGCCUACCCAACACAAAACUUCAAGCUUUUCACUUCAAUUUGUGUGGGAUCUGCUGUAUUUUUGGUGUGGCUGUUGGGAUUUCUCUCUCAUGGCUUCAAGAAGGGCUGGAAGUAAAGGAAACAAGUGGGUAGUUCUAGCACCGGUGGUCAAGCUCAAGAAGAAGAAGGGUUCUAAAUCUUAUGUUCUUGCCAGUGAUCUUCCCUGGUUCGACUAUCUUCUUAACGAAAAAAGGGUGAACCUAAGAGGAUACAUUUUCCGGAGCAUAAUCAAGCCUUACUCACCAACUACGGGACUUCCUCAUGGUGCUUUAAUUACCAGAUUGGUGAAGAGGAACAAUAUUGAUCUUACCUCCUUUAGGUUCGAAACGGUUCCUGGUGGGACUACACUUACCAAAGCUUUUUUUGCAAAAAUGGACUGUUUGUUUAGAAAUGGCAUUUGGAUAAAGAAAGGGGAACAAGAAGGUGAUAUAGAUCAAGAAAUGGCAGAACAAGGGGCAGAAGAACAUGAAGAUGACAGCCCAAGACCAUUUCGAGUCUUCAUGCAAAGAACUAACCGUGAAACCAUGGAGUUAAUGAUAUCUGAGAUGCAGUAGCUGCACACCAACUUUUAUGGUUUUCGGACAGAAAUGAGAGGGAGAAUGACUAACGUGGAAGGAAAGCUUGAUCAGCUUGUUAAUCAUUUUUUUCCUCCACCCCCACCUGAUGCCACCUAACUUGAUAUUUCUUUAGUUUGGCUAAUCUUUAGGAUGGACAUCUUAGGGUUAUGCAUUUUAUGUUUUAUUUGACUAUGGAUAUGUCUUAAACCUUUUUAUCUUGUUUUAUGAAUGGAAAUGGCAUCACUUGUGUUAUCAUGCUUUGUGAAUGGUUGUUUAUGAUUUUGAUGAUUAUAUGCUCUUAUUGAAGGGGAGCAUUUUGUGCUUAAAUUGCUUUUCUUAAUGGUUAUCAUGCUUAAAUGCUUUAAAGAUUGAUGUGCAUGAAUUAAGGGGGAGUUUGUUGAUUAUGUGCUUUUUUAUGAAUGACAAAAAGGGGGAGAAGAAUAUGUUGAAUUUAAUGUCAUUUUCUAGAGUAUCUUUGUGCUGAGAUUCUAGCUAAUAUUGAAGUAUUUAUGUGCUUUAUCUUUGUGCUGAAAUUUUGGGUAAUAUUGAAGUAUAUAUGUGCUUUCAUUAAUUCAUUCUCAAAGUGUUUUGUCAUCAUCAAAAAGGGGGAGAUUGUUGUACCUAUGAUUUUGAUGACUACAAAACACAUUUGAGUGACUAAUUGGUUUAUUUAAGUAUGUAGUUAAGUUGCUAAAAGAUUGUAAGUAAACCCGGAUUGCACUA